AUGGGGGACAUACAACAUUGGCGCCGCAUGAUACAGCCAAACCGAGCUCGCACACCUGCAGUCGAGCCAGACGAGACCGAAGAAUUUCUUUCCCCACCGAUACCGCAGAAAGGGCGUCUCAAGUGCAAGGUAUCAUCGUACUUCGACUUCAGCGCCAACGUCAAACCCACCGCCGCCAGCGAGACCGCGAGCGAGUCGCAGCUUCCAACAUGGCCGCAAGAUCAGCUGUACCCAGACCCCAAGGCGGAAGACGAGAUGGACUCGAUCUUCUGCCGUCUAAUGUCGGAGCCGUAUUCACCGCUCGAUGUCCAGUUCAAUGGAUCCUUGAUGCGCAUAUUCGAAAGCUAUGUCAAGCUGCAGGAGGAGAAGCAUUUGCUCCAAGAGCGCCUCGACCAGGAGACCAACACAAAGAGCGCGCUGGUUAGCAAGUUCAACAUGGCCGAGAAGGACUGGCAAGAUGAAAUGCAAGACUACAAAGAGGAGGUCAAGCGCUUAGAGGUUUUGCUCGCAAAAGCAAGUAGGCGUGGACUGGCUGAAGUCACCCUAGCCAGGCAAGAUAGCAAGCUGCGGAGUCGUAAGGCCGAGCGGCAAGAUGGACGGGAGACCUUCUUCGAGUUCCUGGAGGAAACGACCGACAAGACUCCCCCUCCCCGACGCCAUGAUAGUGUCUACGAUAAUCAGCGAGCUACCAUGAAGCCUUUGCUUCAGUCUCCUUCCGCCAAGGACAAACAGAUGUCGCGUACUCUUGUCGCCAAAAAGAGUAUGACGAACAUCCACUCUGACUUGCCAUUUGGAACACCACCGAAUCGAGACAUGAGAUUCUCCCUGACAAACAUAUCGCUACUUGACCAGAAGACCAAGCAUGGUCGUCGACCACGAGCUGCCACAGACGCUAGCACCGCCAGUACAUUCUCCGCGUUCAGCUGUGAAGCUGUGCCAGUGGUUCAGAUCUUCGACACCGAUAUUGCCAACCACGAGCAGGAAGACCUACAUGACAUCCAGCGACUUGUCAUGACUCUUGCACGCAGACGUAAUGCAGAUCCGCAUCAUGUGGUACCGCAGCUCUUGAAUGUGCUUCGCGCUCAACCAGUCGAGCGCCUUGCUGGUUCUGCGAAGGCAUCGAACACAUUGCAGCCAUGGAUGCAUCAACGGAAACCUACUACUUCGGCAAGAAUCACAUCGGGCAGCACGACAAUCAAGCGACAAACGGUCAUGUCAAAAGCAUCUGGUCUCCUGCAGCGACUCAAACCCCAGCCAAGCGCCGAAGUGCUGCACAAUACCCGCCCUGUUGCUCGAAGGUUCUCGUUCGAGGAGGGCGACGAUACUGCCGCCCAAAGCGCACCUCUUGAAGACUGGCUACCCAAAGACGGUCAGCAUGGCAAGCAUCUUCUUCGGAAAAGCGCAUCACUAGGAACCUUGCAGAAUACUGUGGUCACCUCUGCAGUUGUCGAGUCAACGCUGUCACCUGUCGCGGCGAGUCCCACGACUCCGGGUCCUGUUGUCGAGACGCAGUUUCCCUCUCGCAUUCCAGUCCUCAGUCCCGGAUCGCUUGCAAAGCCGCGGGCAGAACGAGAGGAUAGCGCGUCCAGUCUGUUGACGGCUGUCAAACACUCCGAUAAUGCUACUAAGCGCAGCAGCUCUCUAACAAGCUCAGCUUUUAGUUCGCCCUCAGCGAGCCGCGAGGACAUUAGCAAAGCUACUCGCGACCAAUGCACCGCCUCCUGUGUGAGGUCCGUCAGUAGUAAUCAUCUGCUUGAUCACGCGAGUGUCCUUCGAGGAAGUGCUGAUAUGAUUGCCUAUGCUGCAGCACGCGCCGCCAGUGUGUCUAGCGACAUGAACAGCGAUCUCCGAGCUGACCGGAAACGGCCAGGCGCUUCCAGUAGCUGCGGACGGUAUUCCAUACUGCCUCAGAAGGAGAACAACCGUCAGGAGAAUGCCCGUAUUCUGCAAUCUAGCAGGAUUCCGGACCACGAUACAGGAUGA